AUGUCUAUGGUGGUUGGAUGGUGGAAUGAAGUGGUGGCAAAGCUUGGAACUGGUGGUGAUUUGCCAUACAGAAUUGCUGUGCACCCUGGAGGGGAAGGUCUUAUUUGUUCAUUACCAAAAGGUUGCAGUUGGUUUGAAUGGGAUGCAGUCAAGAGCAAUGAUGGUCAAAAGUUGGGUCUAAAAUCAUCUGAGAACCUUCUUCAUCAAUUGGAAGAUGUUGGACAACAAUUAGCAUUGACCUUUAAUGAUGGGGGUUCUGUUCUUGCAGUUGGUGGAGAGGAUGGCAAGUUGAGGGUUUUCAAAUGGCCUAGCAUGGAAUUUAUUCUUGAUGAGGCUAAUGCCCAUGCCUCUGUGAAGGAUUUAGAUUUCAGCCCCGAUGGAAAAUACCUUGUCUCUGUGGGAAGUGGUGGCCCUGGUAGGGUUUGGAAUGUUGACUCAUCAACUUCUAUAGCCUCUUUAACAAAGGAAAAUGAUGAGGUUUUUGGUUUCUGCAGGUUCUCACAAACUAGUGACAAGAAUCUAGUUCUAUAUGUCACUGCAAUGUCAGGGCAGGGUGGAAGCAUUGUGAAAUGGAAUACUACCUCAUGGAAGAGGACGACCUCAAAGCGCAUUGUUCGAGACGCAAUUUCUGCUUUCAGUGUUUCAACUGAUGGAAAGCUCCUUGCAGUAGGGACAAUUCAAGGAGCUGUUUUAAUUUUAAACUCCACCAGCAUGCGAGUGCAGAAUAUUGUCAGAAAAGCACAUCUUGGCCUUGUGACAGCAUUAGCUUUCUCGCAGGAUUCAAGGUCUUUGGUCUCUGCAUCCUUGGACUCGAGUGUUAGGGUGACAAUUGUGAAGGAUGAGGAGAAAAAUG